AAUCGCCAUUGAAGACAAAUAAACGAUUUUCUGAAUCCAACAUCCUUUAGAAGGAAAAUGAGAUCGUGCAGCUAACCAUGAAUGCCUCCAAUGACGGCAACAGUGGAUUCUGGGCCUAACUGGUCGACAACCAUGCAAUUUGACUCUUUGUGGAGAAUCUUGGAGGCGCAGAUGAUCAAGCUGUACAAAACCUCCACAGGAAACACGUCUGGAAAUUAGGUUGGGUCAAGAUUUCUAGACGCCCAAUCGAAAACGGACAUAAGGUUAUGGACCCAUUCAAGGCUAAGCUUUCCAUCAGGGGGCCGGACAAUUGGAGUUUCGGGAGGUGGCGGCGGCAACCAUAAGUUGGAGGUUUUGUACAGCUUGAUCAUCUGAGCCUCUAAGAUUCUCCACAAAGAGUCAAAUUGCAUUGUUGUCGACCAGUUAGGCCCAGAAUCCACUGUUGACGUCAUUGGAGGCAUUCAUGGUCAGCUGCACAAUCUCCUUUUCCUUCUAAAGGAUGCUAGAUGUCCUUCAGAAAAUCGUUUGUUUGUCUUCAAUGGCGAUUUUAUUGGUGUGGAAGGUAUUUUUGCCCAAAAGCGUUUAUAUUCUUAGAGGAAAUCAUGAAUCCAAAUACUAUAAUUCCAUUUAUGGAUUUGAGAAGGAACUGUUGGCAAAGUAUGGAGACAAAGGGGAUGAUGUUUACCAAAAAUGUUUUGGGUGCUUUAAGUGUCUCCCUUUGACAUCCAUUAUCGGGAAAUAUGUAUACACUGCUCAUGGUGGGCUGUUUCGCAGCACAACGGCAUACCUCAAGAAAUCAAAGGGAAAGAAGAAAAGGAAAAUAUCUUUCAAUCCUGAACUAAGCAUAACAUUGUCUCUUGGCAUAUUUGAAGAAUUAAACAAGGCUCAAAGAAUGGUUCUGGAUCCUCCGUCUGAAGGUUCAAACUUGAUUCCUGGUGACGUGCUAUGGUCAGAUCCAUCCAUGGAUCCCGGUCUUUCUUUGAAUCAACUGAGAGGUGCUGGUUUGCUUUGGGGUCCUGACUGCACUGAGGAAUUUCUCAAGAAGUUUCAGCUCAAGUUGAUUAUUAGAUCGCAUGAAGGCCCUGAUGCACGGAAGAAGAGGCCAGGUCUUGGUCUAAUGGAUAACGGGUUCACCAUAGAUCACGUUGUGGAGUCAGGGAAGCUCAUAACUUUGUUUAGUGCUCCAGACUACCCACAAUUUCAGGCAACGGAAGAUAGGUACAGAAAUAAAGGAGCUUACAUCGUUCUAGAACCCCCUACUUUUGAUAAUCCUGUUAUCCGUAGCUUCGAAGCAGUCACUCCAAGACCUCAGGCAACCCCCUUUUAUGAUUUUGAAGACUUAUCUGAUUCUGAUCAAGAGUCGGACUCUGGGGCGAUGGAGACUACCCCGUGAAGGCCUCGGUCAUCAAUCGCCAAUCGUACACUUCAUGAUUUUGUUGCGUCUCUCCAUUUUGGACACUGCAUUUUCUUUUGCCUUGCCAAAAGCCAUUCCAAAAUGUACAUCGUUCAUCAAUGAGAAUCAGAAUACAGGUGCCUUUCGAUAUU